AUGCUUUCUCACUGGUUUUCGGAGUCUGAAAUAAGUCCUGGUGCAGUUAUUGAGAUGCAGAAGUCGUGGACCGUCGUUCAGGCGUGUGAGGAGCACAUCUCGCAAUAUUCUAAGGACCAAGGCAGCCCAGGCCACCCUCCCGCCUCCGACGUCACAAUUCGACUCAUUUGUGAGCAGACAGAUGGAAAUACCAGAUCACAUGUAAGGAUCUAUAAACAGAUCCCAGCCGCUGGUACCGAGGCCGAGCCAGCAGCUGUUCGCGCCAAGCAAGCCAAACCCUGUGAGCCGGAUGAAUUGAUAGCUCUCCGUGCCCUUACCAAAAAGCGCUCCAGAUUCACGCCGCGCCUACUGGACUCCAAAAACACCACCCAGGAUGACUCAGGCUUUGUCCCUGGUGGCUUCCUAGUCUAUGUAGCUUGGGAGGUGGUUGCUGGCGAACAACUGGGUACAGAGGGUGGGGACGAAGACUGUGGUUUCUGGACGAUGGAAGAAGAUAAAAGGGACAUUAUCCGAGAGCACUUCAAAAACAACUUUCUGUCCGUCUUUCUUCCUUCCUUCUCUUACGUCCAUCAUGUGCGGUUGGCUUGGACUGACAUAAGCUACAGACAGCUUUCUAAAUGGGGCUAUAUGCCUCUUGGUGGCAGGUUGUCCAACCUCGUCUGGGAUGAGGGAUCAUCUACUCUGUAA